CACAACUUUUGGAGAGGCAGUAAAACCAUCAUUAUUGCAUCAACUCUUGAAGCGAGAGCGUUCUUUGUCGAGAGCACAAUUAAUUUGCAGCAAUCACAAACACAAAAGGAAACGCCAUGAACUCGCACUGCACGAAUAACAACAAACAUAGCGGCAGCCGGACGCGGAAACGCCGCCGGGGCCACGGCCUGAUAGGGCUUGUGUGCUUUUCGCUGUGCGUCAAUGCCACGAAGGGAUUCGAGAGCCAGCUUCCCACCACCACCCGGCAACCAUUGGCACCGGUCGCCGGCCGAUCGGCCUCCCAUCUGCCCGCGAUGCCAUCUUCGCCCUUCUCGGAGACCCAUGCUGCCGAGGGCCGCCAGACCAAGAGCAACCCACGGUCGCCGGCGGUGCUGACGCCCACGGAGGAAAAGGAACUCCUCCGGCAAGCCGUCGAAUACAGGCGGAUCAGCGAGCUGGAGAAAGAACUCGCCCUCCGGCACCACAACUUUCUCCCCAUGCUGAGCGUCCGCGCCGAGUCCGCGGGAUACGGAGAGGAACUCGACGCCUACGAGGACGCCAAGUACGAGGGGCAGCUCGCCAGGGAGAAACUGGUGACCCACAACAUGCAGCUGGUGCGCUACUGCGUGGACCAGAUCAUCGGGAAGGAGACGGCCUUUGAAUCGGGCAGCGGGAGCACCAAGGGCCUCCCCCUCAACUCGCUCUCCCGGGAGGACCUCGUCCAGGAGGGCGCCAUCGGCCUCGCGCGGGCCGUCGACAAGUGGAACCCCGAGAUCGGCGGCCGGUUUUCCACAUACGCCGUCUACUGGGUCCGGGCGGCCGUGCUGCGGUGCAUCGCCGAGCGGGACGACGUCGUCCGCGUCCCGGGCCACGUCUCCCAGGCCAUUGUCAAGAUCAACAAGGCCGCCAAGCGCCUGGGGUGGGUCCUCCAGGAGUCGGGGGGGAUCCUGGUCACCGAGCACGGAAAGGGUUCCAAGAGCGUGGUCUCCGGUGCCGCUUGCGAGAGCCCCAGCUGGAGGGCGGCCCGCGCCGCGAAGUGCCUCGCGGAGGAGGCGGGCCUGUCCGAGCAGCACUUCGAGGAGGCCAUGAGGGCCCGGCGGAGGCGGUACUCGGGCGGAUACGUUCCGGUAGAACAGUGGAUGGAAUCCUCGGGCCGAUCGGGCGCCGGGGGAUACCACACGGACGAGAACGAGGACCAAGACCGGACCCGCAUGGAAUCGGAAGCCGCCAACGAGGACAUUCGUACCGUCCUGUCGAGACACCUCCGGCCCAAGGAGAUGGAGGCCCUCAGCUGGCGGUACGGACUCUUCGGGGACGAGCAGCCCGCGGAGCGGGCGAACCGCCAGCUUUUGGAGAUGGAGGACCGUCUCUUUGGGCCCUCCGCGGUGGAAGCGGCCCCCGGGGCAAAGCCCGCCUCUGCGGCACCGGCCAAGGGCGGCCGCUGGGGCGAGGCCAUGACCUUUGUGGAGGUGGGCAAGAAGAUGCAGGUCUCGGCGGAGUACACCCGCAGGCUCUGCCACGGGGCCCUCGACAAGCUCCGCCGGGCGGCCGAGGAGGGAACCCUGGAACCCGCCUUCCUGUGCUGAACGCAACGCAACGCAACCACUCCCAAACGACCAUAAUACAAUAGAGCUAAAGAUGACUA